GGAUCGGUCUUAAAAAUCGACACCACACAUAUACAAACACAGAAACACACGCACAAAUCUAUCCCACCAUUAUAACUGGGGAGAUAUACCGUUAAAAAAAAUCCGGUCGUUAAUUUCCGUUCAUUUCCGCCGAAGAGGACCGAAGCGGCGGGGGCGACGACAAAGACGCGCCUUUCGAAAAAUAAAUAAAUAAAUAAAGUUUUCAAUGCGAUCGGACAUGAUGUUUUUUUUAAAGAAACGCGAGUGCGAGUGUUGUUGUUUGUUAGUGAGUUGUAAAUAGUUUGCGGAUUGCUGAUGAUAUUUUGAUUGAAGCGCGGGGCCCCCCAGCACGCGGGGAAUUCCGGGUAAAGUGAAUUGAUAUUCAAAAUGGCGGAUGGAGCGUCCAAAGAUGAAAAGCCAGAAUCGAGAAUGAGCAAUCCGUCAGAGUCUAUCAAGCCUUCCUUGGAUGGCAAUGAAGGGAGCACAGGUGCCCAAACAAAUGGAUUGGAUUUCCAGCGGCAGCCCAUCCCAACAGGAGGCCCCCUCACAACAGCACAGGCUCAGGCCUUAUUGGGACAGCUGCACCAGGUUAACUACAUAUCAGAUGUGAUGAACAGAUGCUUAUAUGUACAACUUGCUGGAACAACUUUGCAGCCAACUGCUUCACAAACAUUAAAUUUACAGGUAAAAAGUGAAGAAACAGGGGAUUCUACUUCCCAGCAAACGACAACCCAGCCUUCGCUGCAACCAUCUUUACAGACCACCCUUCCACAGACGCAGCUUAUGCUUGCUGGCGGGCAGAUCACUGGGCUAACAUUGACAACAGCGCAGCAACAGUUGUUGCUCCAGCAAGCACAGGCCCAGCUACUGGCUGCUGCAGUUCAACACUCAGCAAAUCAGCAGCAUAAUACCACAGGAGCCACCAUCUCUGCCACAGCAGCAACGCCUAUGGCACAAAUACCCAUCACUCAGCCAAUCCAAAUACAAGAUCUGCAACAGUUACAACAGUUACAGCAACAAAACUUGAAUCUGCAACAGUUUGUUCUGGUGCAGCCAGGUCACCCUAUUACCACAAACUUGCAACCGACGCAGUUCAUCAUCUCGCAAACACCACAGGGACAACAAGGUCUCGUACAAGCCCAGAAUCUUCUACAACAACUACCUCAGCAAAGCCAAGCCAACCUCCUGCAGUCUCAGCCAAACAUCACCUUCACGCAGCCAGCAACACCGACACGCACAACGAUAGCAACAACUCCUAUCCAGUCGGUUCAGCAGAGCCAGUCAACACCAAAGCGCGUAGAUACUCCAAACAUCGAAGAACCUAGUGAUCUUGAGGAACUUGAACAGUUUGCCAAGACGUUUAAACAGAGACGUAUCAAACUCGGGUUCACUCAGGGUGAUGUAGGUCUUGCCAUGGGAAAACUCUAUGGAAAUGAUUUUAGCCAAACCACAAUCUCUCGUUUUGAAGCCUUGAACCUCAGCUUUAAGAACAUGUGCAAGCUCAAACCAUUGCUUGAAAAGUGGUUAAAUGAUGCAGAAAAUUUGUCAGUAGACUCUGCACUGUCAAAUCCCAGCUCCUUGACUUCUCCAGGUCUGGGAAUCGAAGGGCUGAGCCGCAGGAGAAAGAAACGCACCAGCAUAGAGACCAAUGUUCGAGUGGCCUUAGAAAAGAGUUUCCUGGAGAACCAAAAGCCUACCUCGGAGGAGAUCAUGAUGAUUGCCGAUCAGCUGCAGAUGGAGAAGGAGGUGAUCCGAGUCUGGUUCUGUAACAGACGCCAGAAAGAGAAGCGGAUUAAUCCACCCAGCAGUAACAGCGGCACUACCACUUCUACCAAAACAAUUUUUCACAACCCCACCUCCAUGGUGGCCAGCACUAGUAACCUUGUGACGAGUAGUACACCGACUACUCUGGCUGUAAAUGCAAUGCAGAUGCCUGCAUCCAGUGCUGGUGUGACCAACUUCAGCAUUUCAGGUACAACUGCAUCAGGGACAGCUCCUACAAAUGUGGCAUCUGUAAUCACCGGCCUGUCUUCUGCAGUUUCUACAUCAGCAGUCACUUCUCCAUCUCUAACCCCUUCACCAUCAGCAUCCAUUUCAGUGACUGAGUCAUCUAGCAGCAGUGAUGCAAAUACCACACAGUCAACCUCAACUGGCUUAGUAAAUCCUCUGUGCACAAGCCAAAUCACGGUGUCAGCAUCUGGACUGCAGACAGGUGCUAAUGCGCUACAAGCAGCAGCUGCACAAGUAUCCACUGCUGGUCUUGCCACCAAUCCAGGCUUAGCUGCCAUGGCUGCUGCUGCAGGACUAGCCAAUCCUGCCCUAAUGUCAGCCCCUCAAUUCGCAGCUGGAGGUGCCUUACUAAGUCUGAAUCCAGGGAGUCUUGGUGGUGCUCUUGGCCCAGCAUUAAUGAGUAAUAGCACAUUGGCAACCAUUCAAGCGCUUGCGUCUAGUGGAACACUUCCUAUAACCUCCCUUGAUGCCAGUGGAAAUCUGUUGUUUGCCAAUGCAGCAAACCCAGGGGGUACUCCAAACAUCGUGACAGGCCCUCUCUUUUUGAACCCACAAAACCUCUCCUUACUCACCAGCAACCCAGCCGUAAGCCUGAUAUCUGCUGCCGGGACGACUGGACAUGCAGCGAGUCUCCAGAUGGCCUCUAUGUCAACUGAUUCCAGCCAGAACUCUUCAUUCACUGUGACCUCAGCAGGUGGGGCCACCAACACCACCAAGGCCCAAUAAGACGUACUCCCUAGAGUGGAUCAUUUAAUCCAGUAAUGGGAUGUGUAGUUGGCUGCUUCCAGCAAAAGCAAAACUGAUGUUUGCCUAAUUUUUUUAACUUGCUUGUUUUUCAGGAUUGUGUCACAAAUGACAAAAAAAAGACUUCUACCAAAAAGGAAACACGUAAAUAUUUAUCGUUUCAGACGGUCGUAACAAUAUAGGAGUCAUUAACAAUGCAUAGGCAAGGGUUCUGUCUCCUUUAGUAUCUAUUUUAUUAGUUCUUUUUAAUUGUGUGUUUAUUUUAAUUAGGUCUGUUGUACAGGCCUUUUUGUUUCAUAAAGGUGUUUAUAUCAUGUAUAAAUAGCAUGGGUUUCUUUAACUGGUACAGUUUAGGCAGGCCUGUACCUGGAAUGCUUGUGCAUCUUUUUUUUUCUCAAGUGUAUACUGUUAAGAAAAUUACAUUGGGUUUUAUUUUUUUUUCUUCUUGUUAAUGUCUCUUGAAUUGUCUUCUUUCUUUAAAAAAAAAGGUUGUUCCUUGUCGGGUACACUGUAGAUUUAUGCACCGUUUGUAUAAAGUGGUUUACUGUUGGUUAUUUUUGUAGGAAAGAUUCAAAGUUAGAUGCUUUGAGCAAAAGUUCGCAAACUGAUGGUUUUAAAAACAUUCUUGGUUUUUAAAAUGGCUUACUAUGUCUGUCCUUCCUAAAUGUAAGGGUUGGGUAUGUUAGCAAAUGUCACACCAUCAGCGAUAUUGAUCCACACAACCAAACAACUGGAAAUGGAGAAUACUUUAUUGUCAGUGGAUCGCGGGUAUCUUGUGAAGCUUUUGUCUUUGCUCAGAUACUGAAACUAGUUGAAACCAUCAUGGAAUAUGGUAGAGAUGAGCAAACUACAAAUAUGCCAAAUCAUCUAUAAAAACAAUUUGGAAAAAUUCAUUAUUUAGUUUCCCAAAACUGAUUUAUUUAUAGAAACUAAAUAAUCUAUGUUCCCAUAGAGCUUGAUAAUAUAUCUAAUGUUGGCACAGUUUGGUGUUUGUUUAUCUUUAAGGGAAAAUAGGGUUGUUUUGAGACAAGAGGCUUACAGUAUGCACAGUAUGGCUUGAACCAUUGCUGUAAGCAUAUUAAAACCAAAAAUUAAAGGACUGGAGUAGAGCAUUGCAGUUCACAUGGAAUAAAAAUGGUGCCUGUCAUUUUCUGCAGUGGACUUGUAAGAGAGCAGCAAGGUUUACAUUACAAGUCAGAAUGAUUGCUGUGGCCACACUGUCCAGCAUUCCCAAUUGGUUAAUGAGCAACAUGUUUAAUUACUCGGUACAUGUGAACUUCCUGCUGAGUUACCCACGGGAAACAAAUGCGAGGUAGAAAGUUCUUUCGUUCAGCAGCACAUGAUAUUUUCUGAUAAACGCAGCUGAUUCUUUAACAAGUAACAUGCUUGAACCGAAUAAGUGUUCUUUCGGACAUCCCUGAGCUCUGUUGCUGACUAUUCGGUCGUAUUGCUGCACUGUGUGUGUCUUAAGUAGGUAGUUGAAUUGAUGUUAUAAUUGAAAGUCACGUGGUUUAAUGUUGUUCUUUAUGCUAGUAAUAAUAACAGGGCACAGUUAAACCAGUUUCUAACCUUAAAAGUAAUGACAGCCACCAUUUUUUUCCUUGUUAGUAACUACAUUAAUCUCCUUUUCAAGACACAAAAUAUGCAGUUCUGGUAGGGUUGCACUAUCAAACUGCAAAUAAAAUGAAUAUGGCUGCCUACCAAAUAUGGACAGCUAUUAAAAGCUUGAACCAAAGUCAGUUUUACCUAGCUGCUGUACCAAUGACAUUGUUUGCAUGAGUGCAGUUAAUAGGCAUCAGUAAUUUAGUUGCUCCUGUUCAUAGAAGGUAAACAGUUACUAUUUUAUACUUUUUAAUAUCAUUUUUCAGGUAAAGAAAUCUUCAAACAUGAACUUUACAAUUUUGCAGGAUAGUAGUCAUUUUGUCAAGAGUCUGGUGCAACCAGUUUUCAUUGGGCAAUUCAAAUUUACUGGAUGGCUAAAUGUAGACUGGUGUUAGUGAUAUAAAGGAAGUUAAAAAUAUUCCAAGUUGUACAAACCGUCAGAGUGUCUAAAUGUUCCAAACAGAUCCUGUGACAGAUUAUACUGCUGCAGUACUUGCAUCCUUCUACUUUAUGUACUCAUGUACUAUUUUCACUGAAUAUUCAAUCAAAUGUUAAAAGAAUGUUGUUACUUUCCUAAUAGUAGAUUCUGGACUUUGGACUGAUGGGACAUGUUUGGACCCCAUGCACAAAUGUAAACCAAAAUCCUUUAGUCCUUCAAGGCAGGUAUUUAACCAGGCCAUUCUGUAAUCCCAACGCCCACACAAAUCAUACUUAGGAUACUUCUACCCUCAUUACUGUUUUCUGUCAUUGCUGAACUAUGCAAUGAAGACCAGUUGCCUACAGACACAUUGGUGGCAAUAAUAAAGUGCAUUGCAUGUGAGGAGCAGGGAAAAGAUAUCCCCACAAUGCUGAGUGUCUGAAUAAAGGUGAAGUGCUUUUCUAAAGAUGAGACCUUCGCUUACUAAUAUACUUGCUUGGUAGCAUGGCUCAAGUAUUGAACGUCAGUUGCUGAGCUAGCUUUUCAUUUAGGGAAUUACACAUAGCACAUAGAAAGUAAAUUGGCCAGGUGAGUUAUAAUACUCAACCCAUGCUGAUGUUAGCCUAAUGUAUUUUGGAGCUUUUAUUGCGUGCCAUUUCAUGUUAAACAGAUGUGAAUUAAUGGAUAAAACUGAUUCAUUGAAUAGCAGAAAGCUUUCUGCGAACCCUUCUUUUGAUCCUGAUUUUUUCUGCUUACUCCAUAAAUAGCAAAUGUUCUAAAAAGCAGCGAGAAGGAAAAUAAGCAUAAAGCUGAGAUGAUUGUUUCAAGUUUAAAUGCGAGACAAAACUGAAUGCUGGUCAUUGAUGGUGGUAGUGAAACAGAAGUGGAGGGAAUGCUCCGAUAGAAAUUUUAAAAUAAUGCUUUAUAGCUGACCUCAGACCACAGUUGAUAUUUUAAUUUUGAACUUAACUGAGCUAGUUCUAAUUCUUUGUUGUUUCCCUGAAUAAGAAACAGAAAAUAAGUUGCAGUAAAGUUUUUAAUUUUAUAUUCCUCUUUGGAUUAAUGUUUUGCUACAGAGGUAGUCUUAUAUCACUGCAUUAGUCCGUUGCAAAGAAAAUCCUGCUUUUAUUUGUGAGAUGUUGGAAUUUGAGGUUGAAGCAAUCAAACCAGGAUUUUCUUCCAGGAUUAUGUUUGGCCCUUGUUAGAGCUGACUAGUAUCAUUUGCACCAACUCUGUAAAUGUUAAUGGCUUAUGAGACAUUGAGUUAUGCCAAUAAAAAUUGGUUGCAUUAGUAGGUUUUUGGAACUAAAUGAUACAUUGGUAAAUAUAAGGAAUAGUUUUGAAAAGCAAAAUUAGUCAUUUUAGUUACUUGGCAACAAUUCAGAGCUCUUGUGGUUGCAAUGGUUACAAUUCAUGCUCUCAACUGAUCAAACUGCCAUUUAUGCCAUUGUCCCGUUUUGUCAUCUUUCCAUAAAAUAAAGUCAGACACAUACUGAUUUAAUCCAUCAAUCCACUUGAAUCAAAGGUGACUACUGCAUUUCAGAUCAGAUAAAAUUGGUAAAAUACAAGUUGCUGAUUAAGGUGGGACAUACUUCAUGAUAAAUGAUAAACUAUCCAUUUUUAAAAUAUUGAAUUCUAGAAGUGCUCUUACUAAUAAUUAAUUAAUUUACUCUUCAUGGAUGAAUAUUUUACCCAUGUUUCUAACUUUAUUAUCUGUUUUUAAGAAAAUUCUAAAAUGUUGACUUAAUCUUAGUAACUUAUUUGCCAUAUUUCUUAAAACAGAACUUUUUUGAGGCAUUUUUGUUUUAAAAGCGUAAGAUGCUAAUAGAUUAAAUUUCAAACUAAAUAUGUGAAAUCCAUGAACAAAUGCGAAUAACAUUUUGUGAUUGAGGCAUUUAUAUUAUCAAAUUCAAAUGCACCUUGUUGGCUUUGAGACAUUUGUUCAAGUAUUCCUCCUCUUCAGAUAGUUGAGAGAAGUGAAUUUCAGCACAUUUCUUGAAUGGAGUCUAAAACUGGUCCUCUGAUGCGAUUGUAUAUUGUCAUUGAGGAUGCACAGAAAAAUAGUUUCUAAAAUAAACUGGAACUAAGUGUGUCCAUGUAUCUAUCUUCCACAUCCUUGGAAUAUACCAUUUUAUUUGUUGUAUAAAUACUUGAAUCUCAAAAUUUUAAUUACCCAGUAUUGAAUGCAAUAUGUGUAUACAUUUAGCAUAUUUUCAGUGCAUGUAUAUGCUGUUCCCAGAAUUUUAAGUAGCAAGCCUUUGACUUUGAUCUUCAGAGGCUUAAUCUUAACCAAAUUCUUUGAGAUGUGUAAAUAUUUAUUGGUCUAAGCCAAAUAAUUUGUAUGUAUAUUGGGCAUACAUCAACAUUGCACCAUUAGAAUCCAAUUUAAAUGUCUUAGUUUAGGCAUCAGAAUGGGCCAUAGUUCCAUAGUCAAAGUUUUAUUGCGCAGUUGCGAUACAACAGCAAUGUCACAUUUUAACUGCUUGAUCAGCUAAGGGCUAAUAAAUUUCUAAACGUUAUUUUGGUUUAAUGUUCUGUCAUAUGUUAAUGUGUCUUUGUUCUAAUAUAACUUUACAAUGGAAUUAAUAAUUUGUAUUGUUUAACAAAUCAAGUGGUCAUUUUUAUUUUAUGUUUGUUCCCUAACUUUAAAUCCUCUUAUUUGGCAAUAUGACCGGUUUGUGUCAGAAGAUCACUUUUUGGAAUAUCUAAGGUACUGUUGUGCUAUAAUUACCACAAAUUGUCAUGAUAGCUGUCUUCAACCAGGUGAAAGCAGUCACAGUGUUCCUGUAAGAAGAUACACCUUAUCCAGUUCUCACAAUUGACUUGCGUGAAAGGAGCAUGUAUGCUUACAUGCACUUUGAUUUAUAAAUACUGUUUAGAUCAUGGUUUAUCACAUAGGAGCUAGGAGCAGGAAUAGGUAAUUCAAGCCUGCUCCACCAUUUGUUAUGAUCAUGGCUGAUUUUAUCUUGGCUCAAAUUCAGUUUCUGCCCACUUCCUUUUAAUACAUUACUAAUUAAUAAUUUAACCUAUCGCCUCCUGAAAUUUUUUUAAUGCCCUAGUGUUUAAGACUGUAUGAUGUCAUGAUUUUGACAGACUCACAACCCUUUGAGAGAAAUAAUUCCUCCUCAUCUUUGUUUUAAAUCUGCCACCCCUUAGCCUGACUAUGACCUAUCAUUCUAGAUUACCCCAUAAGGGGAAACACCUAUUCUCCAUCAACUUUGUCAAUCUCCCUUAGCAACUUAAAUUCUCAAUUAGGCCUCCUCAUUCUUCUAAACUCUAGUUGGUCUAGGCUCAAGCUGCUCAAUGUCUCCUCAUAAACCAAGCCUUUCAUUUCUGGAAUUAAUCUAGUGAAUUAAUCUCGUUGUAGUAAUCUGGUGAACAUAGCUCUUUUAGUUUAUAAAAUCCUAAUAGACAAAAUGAAAACUUACUUUAUGCAGAUUUGUAAUACUUCUGUGUAGUGUUUAAUCUCUGUUUCACACUUCUGUUUUAUACUCCAAAACUGAUACACCCACAUUGCUCCCUGUCCUCAAAAAUACAAAAAAAACCGAAAACGUAAAAUGCAAAUUGACUGUGGAAUUGGCAGUGCAGCUCUGUUGAUGGUUUAAUUCACUAUUUGUGGCAAUAGCUUAUUUCUUCAAGUAUUAAUUGAACUAUUGAACCAAGAGCUACUGAAUAAUGCUUUGAAAAAAAUCAACUCUUUGCUACAGACAUAACUUAUUUUAUUAAUGGUUAUUUGGUAAAAAUAUUGUAUAGGACCUGUGUGAUUUGAUGAGGUUCACUUCUGAGCACAGCAUGUAGAAAUUGUUCUACAAUACUCCAUAAAAUUUGUAGUAUCUUUCAACAAUGAAGGAAGCUGUUUGGCCUUUGCUGUCUAGCUUGCUUCCAUCAUCUUUCAGGCAUUACCUUCGAGAUCAUACCCUUGCAUUAAAAUAAAAUUCUAUUCCUCUCUGAUUCUUUUGCCAUUUAUCUUAAAUAUCUCUUCCCAAUUAGCAGUGAUUUUCUUUCAUGGUAUGUAACACUGCUACUGGGAUGAUGCAUCCCUGAUUAUCAUAGAUAUAGUUGUCAUAGUAGAUCAGGUUGAGCACCAUAUUGGGGAACCACAUCUUGGGAUGAAAGGAGAAAAUUGAUAUUCCACAUAAGUUGCUUACAGUUGUGUUUUCUUUUGAGGUUUGUGGAGCUGUCAUGAGCUCCUUUCUGAGACUUAUAAAGCAUUGAGUGGAUCCUGUUGAAGUAGUAGGGAGACCAAACGUUAAAGAGAAAUAAUGUAUUUUCCCCAUUUAAUGUGACUGAAGUUGGAGGUGGGAGAUCCCAUCUGAACAUACAAUUAUCCUCCUUAAAUUUGUUCAGUAAAAAGAAAUAGCUUUACACUAUUUGUGCAAACAUUUUCAUUGACGGAUGAGACAGAUCUUGCACCCUGUAGGUAGAAAGUGAGCAAGCUUUUUUCAAUCAUUGCAAUCUUUCCAUUAAGAAAUACCUCAGCAUUGCAUAGCAUUUACAGGGUUGCUUUGCAAAGCAAAAACUAUUCCUGGUGGAUAGAAUUGUGGAUUUAGAAUGUAGAUGUUGAUUUUUGGGGGAAACUUUUACUUAAAGGAACAUGCUCAUGGAUUUAAUUUCUCUCUUGAAAAGGUGAUCUUGAUAACUAAAGAAACCAAUUACUCAUGAUUCUGUUUGCCAAAGCAAAUGCCUUCUUUUGCGACUCAAUUAAAAUGUGGCCUAAGUUUUAGCAUGUGUCACUUCACUAUUUUUAAGCUAGUUAAGAUUUGUAUUCUACAUUUGUAAGCAGUACCGUACUGUUUGUUUUCACCAGCCUUUUGAUAGAAAGGGGUUAAUUCACCAGUGUCAGGGUGGGAGAGAGUUCCACCAUAAAAAGGUGUUUCCUUAAGAAAAGGAAGAAGUGAACAAGUUUAUUGAAUGUAAUGUUUGUCACAUUAAUAGUUGAGCAAGUUUUUAAACUUCGUUAUUAUUAUUGUUGAUAGCAAUGCUGAAAAAUUCAGGCUAGACCAAAAAUAUAUCCUGCUCCUUGCACCUGCUUGACUGACCAACAAACAAUUAAGUUGAUAUGUGGCUGCGGUUGCCUCCAGUCAUUUAGUUUGUGCUUUAGAAUAACAGAGGCUUAACAGUUUGACAGUCCCAGGUUUCAGUUGAUAGAAUGAGAAUUUUCAACAAUUUGACAGUAAUCCUGAGGUAUCAAGGUGGAUUGUGUCAUAUAUUUGGAUUCAGAAGUAGUCAUUAUUCACAUAUUUGGAUUCAGAAAUUGCUAUAAAGCAUCAGUAACAUGAUUUAACUGAUUUAAGGUAAAAUUCUGUACUAGCAAAUAUUGGGGGUGUGCAGUAAUGUUCUUUUGGUGCAGUGAAGAUGGGUUGUCCAUGUAGCUGACUCUUUUAAGUCGCUGAAGUGGCAACUUUGUCAAUCUAAUCUUUAAUAUAUGAGUUUCAGCCAAUAACUAUUGUCAGUAAACAUUUUAGCUACACGAUUUAUUGGUCAAAUUAAUAAUAGUUAACUCUAUACUUUCCUGUCUUUUGCCAGUUUCUUUUUAUAUUUCAUGCAAUUUAGCACAUCCUGCUAUGAAAACUGUUUGAUUGCAGUUUGAAACAGCUGGCCUUUUGAGUUUGGUUUGCUUUUCAAAAGGCUACUCAGUUUAUGUAUUUAUCUCUCUUUUUGUUUUCUCUUUUUGAUUUGCGGUUUUCUAUUCUAGCAAAGUGAAAAAAAAAUGCAUUAUAUUGCACACCCUUAAAUAUUAUCAUUUAUUGUGCCCCCAUCUAAAAGUAAAUGGCUACUAAGCUUUUUUUGCCAAUUAUUACACAAGUGUAGGUUUAAUCUCUAUAAUAUCCAAAGUUAUUGCAAAACUGGGUAUUGCUGUGGGCAGUUAAAAAUCCUGGGGCUACAGUGGUGUUGCAGAAGAACUACGUUUGAGCUUUGCAUAACAAAUGUCUUUCUGGUGUCAUUACAUAAAGCUGUAGUCUGGUAUUGAUGCUAGUCUGACAUUUGGGCAUUGAUGAUGUUUGCUCUGCUUUUUGUAGUAGAAAUUUAAAGUUGUACCAAGUUGGGCAUUAUAAACCUCCAGUUUAAAAUUGUGUCAAGAUAUUUGAUCGCUUAACUUGCCACACCAAACAAAGUAACUUUUGAGUUUUGUUUCCUUAAGUAUUCAGUUCUUUUUGCUACAGUUUCAGCUAGUUCGUGUUAUAGUAAUACUUACAAACCAUAAAUAGUGAAUAGUAAGUUUAAAGUAGGAAAGUCAUAGUAUCCUAUAGUAUGGAGAUCAGCAAAAGGUUUGUAAUAUUGCUUGCUGAAUGUUUCCAACAUUUUCUGGUCUUGUACCACUUGAAAUAGCUCCCAAACAACUAGUAAAAUAUCACUUUUUUUCUCCAGCUCUCCAUCUUUCAAAAGGAAAUUGAAAGUAUCCCAAAGCUUUUGGUCAUCCCUGGUACAGUAUUAAAAAUGUUACUCAGCUUUUGAUACUGUAUUCAUUUGAAGUGCCUGAUGAAAGUUGCAGCUGACUCUGAUCUAAAGAAGCUAGUGAUAUCUGAUCAAUUUUUGCUUUAUUAUGCUUUCUUUGAUAUACUCCUAAAAUAGUAACUAUAAUUCACUAGAGGAGCAGUGAAAGUUGAUUAGUAACUAUAAUUCACUAGAGGAGCAGUAAAAGUUGCUUGACCCUUCUCUCAAACACUCCAGAAAUUCUCCGAUCAAUCCAUUUCCUUUUUGCUACAAGCUAAACAGCUUUUCAUUUUGUCUGCUAUUUCCUGUGCAGUGAGAUCUGAUCUGUACAUCACAAUUUGCUUAUAUUUAAACUGUCUCCACAGUUAUCUAUGGUAACAAUUUAUAAUUAGUCAAACAUUUCAAUUUUUGAUAUGCAGAAUAUGCAUGUAAACUGGUGAUACUGAUGAUUUAUGUAAAAACAAAAGUUUUUCACUUCGCUCCAUGGUGAAUUCACAUCUGCUGUUACUCAUCUUUUUUCAUCCAGAAGUUCUCAAAGAAAGCAAAAUAAAAUUGUUAGCUUUUAAUUGGUAGAUACACACAGCUUCGUCACUGAUAUUAAAUUCCUUGCUUUGAAAUGAUGAGGAAAUGCAUGGAAACCAAUUGGUGGUUCAGUUAUUAAUUGUUGAAAUAUUCAAUUGGUAUCAUUAUACUAGGAACAGAUUAAAUUAAGGAUUCUGAAAGAACCAACGUUUGGUUACCUUGAGGUUUAUAAAUGCAAAAACAAAAAUUUUACAACUAGUCUGCUCUGAUGGAUUUUGCAGGUAGAAUUGAUUCUCAUUUUAGUGGCUGGUUUUGUAAAGAGCUACAUACUCUUAGAGAAUGAUGUAAAAUAGAAGUCUUAAUGCAUCCAUUCCAGUUAUACAAGAAGAGCACUUGGAACAAAGUAUGGGUCAGUUUGUAUAGUAAAUUAAUAAGUGAAGGAAUUCUGAGGAAGAAAAUGAAAUUCUGUUAGAUUUAUUCCCACAGUUGUUAUGAAUACCAGACAGGUUUCUGUACUUAACUUUGAUCUUUAUAGUAACCUCUUUAAAAUACUAUAUAUAACAGCCUCCACAUAUAUUGUGAAAGCAUCACAUCUGUAAUAGGACAAUCAUACAGUUAGUUACUUUUGUAAGGUGCAUUUGAGAUUUUGAAUCAGAAAUUGCUGAUAAAUGAAUGGGUUUUGUUUUACUGUUCUUCUAAUUAUUAAGAUUAACCAUACUAAUUAUGGUAGAAUAGCAACUUAGCUGCAAUUGAAAUUAAUUUCCUGGGGAAAGAAAUUUGACACAGAUAGGAAAAAUGACCCAUUGUAUUCCAUUACAUUUUGUUUAUCAGUUGAUUCAGAUACCUUUAAAAAUAUCAUAAUGGCUGACCAAAAACCACUAAUAUCUUGAUUUGCUGUUCCCAAAUAGAAGUUUAGAGACUUAAGUGUCUGUGACUGCGCCAGCUAUCCUAGGAAUUGCCCUGUCCGGUGCAAUGGUGAGUUUUGAAAUUGCAUCAUUUCCAAUUACAUCACCAGUGCCGCAACACAUUAUACAAUUGUUUUUGGUACUGACCUACAAGGAGGACGGAAAAUAUAUCGUGUCUGGUAGCCCAUUUACUUGAGCAUAGUACAGAUUUAAAUGGAAAUGCUUCAGGUUUGCAUUUGCCUACUCACAUGGUGUGAUUAUUUCAUUUUCUUCCUCAGUUGCUUAAAUGGUGCCGUCACCAUUUGUUCUGUGUACAGGAGCUGUUGUAUACCUCAUUUCUAACUCAUGACUGAGUAACUCGCUUUAAUCUCUCCCCUCAGAGUGGCUGAACCUGCUACUGAUUGUAUACUUAAACUGUAUACUUAAAAAGAAAUCUGGCAUGUAUUAGCACUAGCACAGCAGAAGAAUAACGGCAGUCAGAAUUGGCAACUAAAGUUAAAGUAGGCAUUGAGGUAUUGCAAUCCUUUAACCGUUCCAUCAUGUCGUUAACUGUUUUAUUGGCUGUUAAUUCCAUCCAAUCUUUCUUCCUAAAAUUUUUAGAUGAACUGUUGUUGAUCUAGCUACGUUUAAUGGUGUGAAGGCAACUAAGUGGUUUUCGAACUAGAUACAUCCGGCAGUUCAUGCUCUGUUAUGGUGCAGCAUGAGCAGCUUAUUGAGCUGACUGUCGGCUGCUUAAUUUGAGAACUGGUUAGACAUGAAGACAGGCAACCUCACCAUUCUUAGUGGAUGAGUUUAAUUAAUUGCAAACCUAGUUUUUCAUGACUGAAAAAGCUGUUGUCUCUUCUGAUUGAGAUAGACUAAUGAACACUAGCGAAGUGACUUUAUGAUGAAAUAACUUAAAUUCUGAAUACUAUAUGCAGCCUCUUUUCCAAUUGCUUAAGACCACACUUAUUAAAUAUAAAACUUACAUUUUAUGUACUUUAAAAAAUCAAGCAUAAUGUCUGAGUGAUUUUUAGUCAAAAAUAAAGACAUGGUACAUUAUAAUAAUUCUUCUCCUUGGCUGCAUCUGUCAGCUAUCCUGAGUUUCAAACAAAUGAAUGCACAGUUGUGCUCAUAGCCAAAUAUUGGUUGAAUAACAAGGGGCUGUUCAGUUUUGACAAUCUCAUAUCAGAUUAAGUAAUGGUUUUUGUCCAUCAUUAAAAAUACCCUGAGAAUGACACUCGCUGUCUGAAUGUAAAUGUUAGUGAUGGUCAUUCCUGCCAUGCUCAAUGCUUUUAUUACAUGCCAGCAACCUUUCAUUGUGCUGAUAAAACCAAAGACUUACUAAUGAUUGUAUGACUUAAAUUUUUAAACGUCUUCAGUCCUAAACUAAUCUUAUUUCAAAAGUAUGAGUUUCUUACAGUGACAAAAGAAUUGCAUAGAGCAAAAUAAAUCUGUUUCAUUCCAUCUAUUAAACAGUAGACAGCCUGCUAAAAGUGGAACACAUGUGCUAGUUGAUUGGUUAAAGGACUGGAGACUCCUGUGGUAGGGUUGGCUCUUCUGAGGGGCAUUUAGCCCUUUGGGCUGGGUGAUCUGAAUUAAUACACACUGAGGUGCUCUUCCGAACUGACUGUAACUGGCUGGUCGCUGCCGUUUCAUUUUGCAAAAGAAAAAUGAGACUAAAAAAUAUGUAGCUUGCUUACAAAGGUUUCAUAUCCUUUUCAUAAUACCACUGUGCAACUAUGCAUUGUAUUCCUCAACCUUGUGAUAGGUAGAGACUCAGUACUUUUUUUGUGUAGAGAAAGGUAGAUUUCUUUGUGUUCAGUGAUAUUUUUUGAGUACUAAAUGGGGGUUGUAGGAUCAUACAAGCUCUAUCCCAAAGCGAAAUACAAAUGUUAACAUUCGCCUAAUGCAGAUACCAAAGAUUUGUUUCUUCUUUGCAACCUUAAUUGUGUAUUAAAUGCAAUUACCCAGCAGGCAUUAGUCUAACCUCAGUAAUCCCAAAGCUUAGAUGUAUAUUUUGGUAUAUUUCUGGGAUAAAGGUUUUUUUUGUCAAACUCUUGUUCGUUUCAGUGUAUUGCUCUUAAGUCAUGGCAUGAGAUAAAAAAAAUCGUCUUUCUUGGUAGUUUAAGAUAUAGUAUUUUUGUAUGUUUUGGGUGUGUCUUUGUGUGUGAGAACAUAAUUGUUUUUCACUGCCUAGUUGUUCAUAGUUUUAAAGUGUACAUAUUAUCCAAUUUUGGACGUCCGCAGGCUUGUAUUCUUUAGAUGUAUUAUUUAUUGGAAGAUUUUUAAAAACAAAGUUUUUCAAUAGACAGUAUUCCUUUCUUAUACAAAAAAUAUCUACAUGAUAACCUUCAAAAGUUAAAUCACUUCUUGAAAUUAUGCCUUCAUCAUUCAUAAUAAAGUAAUUUAAUUUGGUGUAAUUUUUUCAUUAGGAAUGCAAAAUUUCCAUCGAGAUCAACCAACAUUAAAGAUGGUACAGCCUGUUGUUGAUGUAUAUUAAAUCUAAAAUUGUCAAAAUAAAGUGUUGUACUUUGCUUUUUCCAACAUUUUAUUAUUUUCAUUCGGGGUGUUCCAUCCCUCCUCCUCAUUCUCUGGUUUGGUUUGCCAAUGAGCUUCCUAAAGAGAAAUGUAAACUACUAACACUCAAGCAUAUUGUUCAGUGCAGGACUGAUGAGAAAGUUUAGAUAAAUAUAUAAUUCGCUAGUUCCACAUGACCACAUAAUGAAUGUAAACAUUCCUAAGAAUGAAUCUAAUGGUUUUAUCUAAUCAUAUUUGAACUUAGUUAAAUCAGGAAUUAUGGAAACCAUAGCAAAAGACUACUUUUUUGGCCUAAAAUGAUAUGUAGAUAUGAGCUUCGCUGGUCCUCUACAUGUGUUCUGUAGACGAAUCUUGUAUAUGACCAAGAAAAAAAGGGAUACUGUUGCUGAUGAAUACAUUUCAUGAUUUAUUAAUUCAUUAUGAAUGAAAAUGUGAAACAACUCAGAGGUUGUAACUGUAACGUUUUCAAUUGCGUUAAACUAUCCCCACUUGUGCAUGGUAUAUUUCUUGUACAAUAAGACUGCAGCACAGGUAACCUGCGGACGUCCCUAUAUCCAGUGCACCUUAAUGCAGUACCACAGUUGAGUGUGUUCAUAUAUACCCUGAUGACAAUUUUAUGUAUAAACUUCUGAAAGAAUAGAAAUGUCGGACCUUUUACCAGUGCAAAUAUUCCAAAAAAAUCAAUAGCUAAUGUGAAUUGCUACGAUCCUGUACUACUUGCUGUCAUUUCUCAGUGAAACCUAGAUAACCAGAUUUGUUACAAAAUGCCUGAAACAAAAAUUCAGUUGACGGCAAAUCUAAAGCUAAAGUAAACUUCCAACAUGAAAUCCUCAAAUGCUUGUUGCUCUGGGACAAGACACAGUUCUCCUAAAAUAAAUUCUGAAAAUUUCAGCAGUAACGGGAGAAUACUGUCAUAAGAGAAAUCUAAUUGGCACUCAAUUCAUCAAUGCAGUUUAUAUAAACAGUUGUUGUUACAAACCCUGUCGCGUUUUCAAGUCUUUUUUAGGAACUUGGAUAAAAGUUUUUUUUUAACAAGAGCAGAAAUUGUGAAUCUUUAAUAUUUGAUUAAAGGAAGAGAUGGUGCAGGAUAUUGCAAAAAAAAGUGUUUAAUCUUGUGGAAGAUUUUGUACUUGCUUUCCAGUUCCCCAGAUUUAUUAACAAUAAUUGUGCAAUUUUAAUAAUGUCUGUUUAAUUAUCAAACGAUUGCACUGAAUUUGGUCCAUAGAGAUUUGCAUCAGUCUAAAACAAAUUCAGUACUUGGUAAUAAAGAUAACUUCUUGUGAUGUUAGUCUGGAUGCAUGGCUUCAGAUUUUUCAAAAAACAUCAAAAUCUUGAUCUGUGACUGGAAACGUUUAACAGUGAUGAACUGAAAGUGAAAUUGCAACUAAUUUGCAUUGCUUCCCAUGAAAACCAUGAAACCCCAUUAUCCCCAUUUAAGAUUCUCCACCUGAAUAUGGGAAACUGUUGGUGCUGAGUCACCUAGAAAGAAUUGACCGCACUGUAGUAAUCUUGGAGAUUUUUAUUCAUCAACCUGACACAGAAUUGAUAUUACAUAGCUCUGGAGCGAAUAAGACUUGAACCUAGACCGCCUGUCCCAUAGGUAGGGAUAUCAUUACUGCACCACAAGGGUCCAAGUUUGCAACCUUGCAUCCUGCUUGUAAAUUUCACAAUACUUGAUGAAGGCUCCCAUAAUGCUCAUUUACUAUUUUGAAAAAAUAAGCAGUUCUUGCUAAAAUAGUGUAAGUGAAUUGGAGAUUUUAUAGUAAAAGUGAAUGGCAAGGCAAGGCAUGGCAUAAAAGAAAUUAACCUAUUUAGCAAGAGUAACAGCAUUACUUUAUGACCAUUUAAUCAUGUGCAAGUAGGGCUUUGCUUAAUAGCCAUUAAGCAUUAGCUUAUUGGUUUAACUGUUUCCUUGUUUAACAUUUUGAAAGAUAGUCAUAUAAAUGAGCUAGUCAAAAUUUUAGUUUUUGAUUGAUAGGUCUUCAAAUUCCUGCCCUUAUUGACACUUGGCAUUCAUCAACAAUUUUGUUUAUCCAGAAAAUGUUUUCUGGUAUUUACGACAAUCAGGAUCUCCCUUGCUUCUCGUCACCUGGAAUGUCUGCCCCAUUGACUAUAUGUUGGUAUGUAUAAAAAUGUUCAACCUCUGAAUAAUUUGAUUAUACCAACUAUCUUCAAUAAUCAUCCUAAAGCACUGAUCUAAAUACUUUUCCUUGCACUUGCAGGAUUUCUUCACUGUUUUUGUGAAGUAAUCUUCAAGGGAAAUAGUUUUUUAUAUAGGAAAAGUAAGCACAGAUAUCAUGUUCUCUUGGUAUUACCAGCAAUUUUAAAAUAAUCCGCAUGGAAUAAUUCUGGCAGGAUACAUGGUGUUAAAAUGGACCAUUGGUAAUUUAAUGAACCAUUAAAAAUUGUUUAAGAGGUCUAGUGUACAACUUUAACAACUAGCUUAUUUAACAUAGUUUCUAAGAAAAUAAAAUUACCAAGGUAAAAACAGGUGGUAAAAUUUGCACGUCUAGCCCGAACGUAUAUAUGAAAAAGCAAAUUGCCUUACCAUUCAUUUUCCCCUUUGCUGCCUCUAGAUGUCUAUCAGUAUCAAUUGGCUAAUAGAAAAUUUGCAAGUUGGCAAGAAUAUCAGUAAUGCCUAGUAUAUUUUAGUUAGCUAUUGUGAUCAUAUUUUGUUUGGUCAAUUCACCACUAUUUAAAUUGGCUAAAAGAGAAAUUUCAGUAGGAAUAAUAAAUGUAGUGUGAAUAUGAAAGAUGCAAAAUUAGGAACAAUUUUACAUAACCAUUUUGCCACAUUUAAAUCAACAAGACCCUUGCAUAUUUUUUAAUCCUGACUCAUAGUGGUAUUCAGAAUUGUUACAUCACAGGUUGGUAUGUUUUUAUUACUAAUGCACCAGUUUCAGUUCAAUCAACAGCUAACUGGGUGACAUUUUACUGUGAAUGUUUUUAUACAUUAAGUAGCAUAAUCCUUUGGAACAGUGGUAAUGGAAAAUUUAAAAUGGUUCUAGCCUUAUGGUUAGAAGUAGGAAUACAACAUGUUGUACAAAAUAUUUUUGAGGAUAAACUGGUGUGAAUACAUACGUCAUUGUAAUUUUCUACUGACACAUUGCAACAGUAAGGCAUUAUUGUUAAGCAUUGAUUUGUAUAUUGCUGUGUACUGGUAUAAUUUGAUGAACAUACAAUGUACAGUAUCAUUUCUGGCUCAUGAUAAACUCGGUUAGAAGUUCAAAGAGUAACAUUUGGGACACUGUAAGAACUAAACUGUCAGGAUAUUAAAUUUUAUGCUUUGACAAAUUUAGUUACUUGAUUUUUUUUUGGUGUUUUUGUUUAUUUCUGGUCCUACAUAUUAUUCCGUGUUUAGUCUUAGGUUUUCUCAAUACGUCGUUUGUGAUUUGCAUGGGUACACAUUUGUAGAUCUUUUCAGUUGUAUAUUUUUUCAUUGUAUAUUCAAUUUUCUAAAACAUUUGUAUACAUUUAACUGAAAGUCACUAAAUCGAAUCUUGAUGAUUUAAGGGGCCUUUAGUGUACUACUGAUGACUUUAGAGAAGUAUUUAUGACAAAUUUUGUUGUGAAUUUCUGGAAAAUUACUUAAUCUUUAAGGGAUUGAACAUUUUGAACAAUGCCUGAACCAACAACAGUAUUUGGAUUUGGCAUCAGCAAUGAAGCAAUUGAUUGCCUUUUUUUAAGGCAUCAGCAAUAGCUCAUUUCUUCCAACACUUAAACAUUUAGUUAUUAAAUAUGAUAUAAUGUCACUAUGCAGAGAUUAAUUUAAAAUUGAGUACCCCAUUGGAAAGUAAUGAAAGGAAGUAAUGAAAAUAAUACCAUUAACUCCAGGUAGUUUGACAACUAAUUUAGGUGCCUAAGAAGCUAUAAUUCAGCUUUUACAGAUUUUACUUUUUCAGCUUAUUAUUUUUCAGAUUCUUAUCUAUGUUUUCCUCUGGUCAGUUAACUAAAUAUCUGAUUGUUGGGAAUGAUCCUUCUUCCCUAACUGUAAAAUGCUUUAUUUAGUAAAUUCGUUCAUCAAAUGUAGAUAAAUCAUCACGCAACAUAUAGGUGAAAGUUUGAACUGGAACUAGGAAACUGUUUUGGACAUUUCAACUCAGGAGCCAGCAAAACAAACUGGUCUAAAUUAGCAGGUAAUACCUAUAACUGAAGACAAUUUUCCAUCCUUCACAAACAAGAUGUGACAACAACUUGCUCGAAAUUUUAAGAUUUUUUUAAGAAAAGACUGAUUUAGAUUAUUGCACAUAUUUCUGAUUUUACAUGAUACUGCCUGGUUUUAAGGUCAUGUUAAAUGGCUACUAGUCUGGUCUGCUGUACAUGCGAUAAAUAUUUGAGCUUUAAGAUGUUAAUUUAUUUCCUACCCCUUUAAUUUAAAAAUAUCUAUUCAAACAAGAACCUAUUUUUCUAAUUUAUUAUGGAACCGGAUACACAGCGAUAGGUAUUCAUGAUGAACUGCUCAAUUGUAUUAGAAAUGCAAAAUUUAACAAUAUUGCUUCUGUCUGCAUUAAGGUACUCUUUGGUUUUUAACUUCCCUUUUCAAAAUCUGUUCCAUUGUAUAGUGAGUAAUUACAGAUAAAGCUGUCUUCGAUAACUGCCAUGAAAGAUUUCCAUUGCAGCUAGAUUUUUUUGUAUUGUAAUGUGGUCAUUUUAUCUAAUCAUUUUGUAUUCAUUUUUGUAAUGGCGUCUCGGUUCAUUAAAAAUGACUUA